UUGAUGACAGCCGAAUCAGCAGGCGUAGAAAAUGUUUACCUGCGCAUUUUAGCGUAAAAUCCAGGUUAAUUCGCGUCUUCAGACCUGAGAAGUGUGCAGAAAUUCUCGUGAGGCGUCGAACAUUUCGAAAUUCGUCCGGGAUCAGGGACUAAACUCGCACAGACCAGUUUUCUUUCUUGCUUAUCAGAAUGAACAGCACCACCCUUGACCUGUACAACGAUGGGGAGGAAAUUCCGGAGAAUCUGGAAGGGAACAUGAGCGUUCCCAACUCGGGAACGGCGCAGGUCGAGGGAAAUCUCGAGUUCAACACGCUCGACGAGCCAAUUAAAACGACAGUGAUGAGGGACUUGAAGGCCGUCGGCGUCAAAUUCCAAAGCGUUUUGUACCCGAAAGAGAAGAAAAGCCUCUUAAAAGAAUGGGAUUUGUGGGGUCCCUUGCUGCUGUGCACCUUCAUGGCGAUGAUUCUGCAGGGCUCGAGUGACGAUAUCAACCACAACGACGGCGGGCCCGAGUUUGCUGAGGUGUUUGUCAUUGUCUGGAUCGGCGCCAUGGUGGUUACCCUCAACUCCAAACUGCUCGGUGGAAACAUCUCGUUCUUCCAAAGUGUGUGCGUGCUGGGCUACUGCUUGCUGCCGACUGUUCUCGCGCUGAUUGCGUGCCGAAUCAUCCUGAUGGCGACGCAGUCGACCACUCUCUUCAUCCUCAGACUAAUUGCCACGCUUACCGGCUUCGGAUGGGCAACUUACGCGUCGAUUGUUUUUCUGGGCGACAGUCAGCCGUCGGACCGGAAAGCGCUGGCAGUGUAUCCGAUUUUCCUGUUCUACGCGUUCAUCUCCUGGCUGGUGAUCUCGCACUCAAACUAACAAUUUUAAUAAAAGAAAGAAAAGUGGUGUUUCACGAAGCGGCGGAUUUUGGUGUGUCUGUGAUACUUUUGACUCAAAUGUCGGACUUUAGUGCACGCAGUGGUUUUGCCAUAAUUUAAUAAUAUUCAAUCCUUUCAGCUUUGCAUUGCACAAAUCACCGGAAUUUCAGAGUGCCAGUCAAGUCUGCAACAUUCCUCUUGUUGUAUUAAUUAAUGAAUUAAUUAAUCUAGGAAUAAAAUUAUUAAAAUAAAA